AUGACAGCAGCAUCGUCAGGUCAUAUCCCCUUGACGACAACUUUCACACCACCGAGCUCGUGUCUCAACGAUCUCUGGCUUGUCGGCAAGAGCGGUUCUGGAUGGAUGAAUUUAGGACCCACGAGUACUUCUGAAUGUCUGCCGUCUGGGUGGGCGACAUCGAGUUACUUUUCGCCGGGGAUAUGUCCGAGUGGUUAUGUGAUUGCUUCUAGCGGUGUUGUGUAUGCUGGGACCGUCACUGAGUCUGCGGCAACAUGUUGUCCAGUAGUAGACGGACGAACAUACUCACCCCGAGACACAUACACAGCAUGGUCUGAAGUCUGCCAAUGGCGACCAGAAUCCACCGCCACCACCGAAUACAAUUACACCUGGGUCGACUCAGACGGUUACACGUCCAGCACAACCGGAUCGAUGAGCAGCAACGGCCACGUCAAUGCAUACGGCGUCUCCAUCCGAUGGCAGUCAACCGAUUUCAGCACUCCCCCUGCCACGGCGGCUAUAUCCACCAUCGCUUUUGUUGAUGCCACUUCUACCUCUGAAUCCUCGUCCUUAUCACCCACAAACUCAGACCCACCAUCCAGCAGAUCAGGGCUGUCAAGCGGAGCGAAAGUAGGCAUCGGCGUUGGCGUUGCUGUUGGUGCGAUUUUGGUGAUCGCCCUCGUCCUAGCGCUACUUUUUAUCAGACGACUGAAAAGACAUCCCCAGUAUCAGGGUAAUACUCCAGGGUUGGUGUAUAAAACACCGAAUGAGCUGCCUACAAAGCCAACGCUAGAAUUGCCUACAAGGACUAAUCCGCAGUCAUCGGAUAUGGUAGAGCUGGAUGGGCAGAGGUGA